AUGCAUAGGUCAACCGCAUUGGUUCGUUUUAUAGGUUCUGUAGCGAGGAAAUUUAGGACUAUAGAAGAAGUAUGGAUUCUGCCGUGGUGGGGAAGUGGCGGGCUUGCUGCAAUUCCUCUUUGGACUUUGGAUUCGUUUGUCCUUGUUGUUAAACUGUUUUCAACAUGUACUAUUGCUUUAGCAAGAGUUUUUAUACCGCCAGUGAUGAAGAGCUUGCAUGGCGAGACUGUUUUGAUUACGGGUGCAGCUGGUGGUAUUGGACGUGAGCUUGCUCUCCAGUUCGCAGAGCUUGGCGCCACUGUUAUUUGCUGGGAUAAGGAUGCACGUAGAAAUAAUGCUUUAGUGAAUGAAAUAAGACAGAAAGAUGGAGAGAGCUACGGGUUCACAAUCGACAUCACAGCACGCGAGCAGGUUGCAUCCUUAGCGCAAAUGAUGCAACGUCAGCUUAGUGAAGUGUCUAUGGUAGUCUGUAACGCUGGGGCCGUCACUUGUUUACCUAUUACGCAUUUACAUCAAGAUUCUAUAGCGAAACUCAUUGAGAUUAAUUUACUGGCACAUUUUUGGGUAAUUCAAGCCUUUUUACCAAAUAUGGUAGACAGACGAUAUGGACACAUUAUCUCAAUCAACUCCAGCGCUGGCUUAAUGCCCUACGCGGAUAUGAUCCCUUAUUGCGCGGCAAAGUUUGGCCUUAAAGGUUUAAUGGACUCUAUAACAGAGGAGCUUCGUCUGGACACAUGGACAAAAAACAUCAACACAACUUCAGUAUACUUGGCCAGCGUGGCCACAGGAUUCUAUCCACCUCCCACUCAUAGGUUCACAUCAUGGUACUCUGAAAUACAGCCCAAAGACGCUGCUAAGAUCAUUAUUGAUGGUAUUCGAAAGAAUUACAAGGAAAUCAGCAUACCUGUAUUUAUGAAGUCUCUAAUAGAUUUGAACAAUCUUAUGCCUUAUAGAAUAAGAAUCAUUUUCACGGAUUUUUUCAACUUUCGACAUAGAGGUUGGUUCUGUUUCUGUUAA